CGCGUGUCUCGAACCAUACCAUCUCGUCUUGGAACAAGUAUCUUUGUUAAUAACUAAACCUUCAACAUGUACGGCCUAUCCGAUGCACAAUAUGGCAAAGACAACGUUCGAUUAUACAAGGUCCACCGUGAUGCAGGAACGGGUGUGCAAACUGUGUACGAACUGACAGUCUGCGUCUUGCUGGAGGGAGACAUUGAAUCUUCUUACACCAAGGAAGAUAACAGCGUCCUUGUAACUACAGACGCAAUCAAAAACACAUGUUACAUCGUUGCCAAACAUAACCCCGUCCACCCUCCGGAACUAUACGGCUCGAUCCUCGGAAAACACUUUAUCACCCAAUACAACCACAUCCACACAGCCCACAUCGACAUUAUCUGCCAUACCUGGGAACGAAUGACCAUCGAGAACGAGCCACACCCGCAUUCAUUCUUCCAGGAUGGGAGCGUCAAACGACAGAUCCGCGUGGAUGUUUCCAAAGCUUCAGGCAUCGAUAUCACGUCAGCUAUAUUUGGCCUCAGUGUAUUGAAGAGUACCAGGUCUGAGUUCUGGGGAUACAUCAAAGAUGAAUACACGACAUUGCCUGAGACGUGGGACCGCAUUCUGAGCAGUGACGUGGAUAUCAAGUGGAAAUGGAAGCACUUCGAAGAUGUUGCGGACGUUAAAGCGAAUGUCUCGCAUUUCGUUGAGGCGUUUGUAAAGGCGAGAGACGCAUCCUUCAAGGCGUUCGCGGAAGAUAAUAGCAUGAGCGCGCAGGCGACACUGUACAAGAUGGCUGAGAGGUUCUUGGACUGUGUUCCUGUGGCUGAUGCUGUGGAGUAUUCAUGGCCUAAUAAACACUAUGUGGAGAUAGACUUGAGCUGGCACAAGGGCAUUCGGAACACAGACAAAGACGCAGAGGUGUAUUUGCCGCAAUCGGCACCAAAUGGCCUUAUCAAGGGGACAUUAACCCGUUAUACUCUCGAUAAGAGCAGAUCUGCGAAGCUUUGAUCAGCUUUAAGGAAGAUAUGUUACAGAACAGCCCUUAGCCCGCGCCGGUGUACCAGAAGCCUUCUUAUACGACAUAACACAGCACUAUACUUUCAAAGCAGCCUCUCGGAUGCAUCAGAUAAAUAUUGUUGCAUACUUUAAAAAAGCACAUACGACCAUAGGGUGUGGAAAACAGGGCUUCCCGUCCGCUCAGCCGUACUUAAGCCACACGCCGGGAGGUUAGUAGUUGGGUGGGUGACCACCAGCGAAUCCCUUCUGUUGUAUGUUUUUUCGCUUUUUGUGUUUUAUUUCUUUGUCUAGAAUUGCUUGCUUCUCUCGGGUGGCUUUUUGAUGUACGGAACAUCUAUGAGUCUACAUUAUGUAUGGUGUGGGGCGAACUAGCUCACCAAUGCGUCCUACCCGAUGAGAUAAACAGGCUUUGCCCGCAUCGGGAACAAUCUACUUCGGUUUCUUUAGUUUCGAGAAUAAAUCUUUGCAGUCUC